GUGUGUGUGUGUGUAUGUUUGUGUGUGUGUGUGUGUGUGUGUGUGUGUGUGUGUGUGUGUGUGUGAGCGUUGACAUCAUAGAAACCAUUCAGUAGAUUUGCUAUACUCAAAACAUACAGAGUAUCAUAAAGGAGUUUGAGCUAAACUGACCACAAAAUCCCUAAGGAUUACUUUGAAUGUGUAGAGGAAUACACCUGAAGAGAUUUCACUAUUACCACAAUGUCGCUGAAGACCAUAAAUGUCGUGAAAUUAGUUUUCUUUAUUUUAAAUACUCUCUUUCUGGUACUGGGAGUGGUGAUGCUUGCUUUAGGAAUCUACCUUCAGAUAUCUGAGGCAGCCGUCUACAUGGCAGUUCUACCAGAAGUCAAGUUUACAAUUAUUGUUUCCUUAUUGGUUGCUGCUGGUAUUAUUACCAUUAUUGUUUGUAUCCUUGGUUUCUGUGCAGCCUUCCUGGAGAGUCAUUGCUUGUUAAUUUUGUAUAUACUGUGUGUGUCCACUAUAUUCUGCAUCGAGAUUGCAGCAGGAGUGAUUGGUCUGGUUCGUAAGAAUGAGUUGGAGACUGACUUAAUCGACAAACUGGUUGAGAAUAUGAAGACGAGUGCUGAAAGCUGGGACAUCAUCCAGCAAACGAACAAAUGCUGUGGAGUAAACAACUACACCGACUGGAAAGGAGAGGUGGCCACACCAUUAAGUCUGCCAGAUUCAUGUUGCCUUGUGAAAUGUAGAAGUGUUAAUGAUGCUUAUCCUCAGCCAUGCUACACGAAGCUGAGAUCCUGGGUCUUUGACAAUUUAUAUAUCAUCGGCGCGGCAAGUCUAACAAUCGGCAUACUUCAGAUUAUUCUUCUAAUCAUUGCCAGCAUAUUCCUGUGUUUGAUGCGACAAUAGCCUGCUGUUGAGACACAAACUCCAAGUUAUAAGUACAGGACUUUUUGUAGCACUUCAAACCUGGUGAUGCAAUUAAAAACCAAAGAAAAUUUUUUAAAAUGAGAUAAUAAUGAUAAUGAUUCCAAAAGCUUCAUUUUUUUUUUCAAGGAAUAAAGGAAGGACUAAAAAAAAGCAAUAAAUUUUGUACAUAUUCUAAUAUUUUAUAGGUGUUGGUUAAGGAGUCGAUAAACAAUUUGGUUAUUUCUUGUAUUACACCAUCACACACAAAUAAAUCAUUUUUUAAAACAAAAUAUGAAGUGAAGUAGAUUGAAGAUUUCCAAGGAGAAAGGCAAAUAAUAUUUCAAGUGGAAUAUUUCAUUUUAAAAGAAUUGCAUAAAUAUUAAGAUUUUCUGUAAGACUGAGUUGUCUUACUAUAUCUCCAUUUACUUGAUUCUUUCUGAUGGAGUCCAUCACUGGACUGCAUAAAUCUCCAAAAUAUGAUGUUUAUAUAUUUUUCAUUGGUAUAUCAUUUGUUUGUCUUAUGAGCAACAGUGCUUCAACUGAUAUUUGGAAUGUAUAUAAAGGACAUUUGACCAUUAAUGAGAUCUGCUACACACAUUGUUAUAUAUCAUCAUUGUAAAUAGUUAGAUGUGCGUGUGUGUGUGUGUGUGUGUGUGUGUGUGUGUGUACAAGUGAGUGGAUGAAUGAAAGAAAAGGGCAUUUAACACGUUUAGCAGGAGUUAUAUAUAUAAUUUAAAACAGUCUGAUUCGGCUCCAUAUGAUGUAUAGUUUCACAGGCGUGCAAAACUUCAAGUGACAUGAAGCUGAAUCAAACUGUUUUAAAUUAUAUAUAUAUAUAUAUAUAUAGGAUCUUUGACUC